AUGGGCAGAAACAUACAAGAAAAGGACAUCAUGAAUGGCAAACUUAAGGACAUAGAAAAUGGUGAAAUCCAAGAACUGGCUUCUGGUUCUUUACCAAAAUCACCAACUCAAGAUGGAAGUCCAAAGAAAGAUGGAAGGCCAAGCAGCAUGGUGAUCAAGAAGGCACAUACUAUGUUUCCUGCUCACUUGAUAGCAGAAGCCAUAUCCUCACUCAGAGGCCUUGAUCUAAGAUGGUCAGGUCCAAUAACACCAAGUGAGAUGCUUUAUGUUCAGCAAUACAUCUUCGCAAAGUACCCACAAUACUGCAAUGGUCUAGUGGAAGAGGUGGAAAAACUAGAAAUUGAUAAUCUUUCCAUCAAUGAAGAAUCUUCAGCAACAACACCCCAAGAUAAGCUCAAGUCACCCAAGAGUGUGACACCAAAAGAACUUUCCCCAUUUAGCACUACUCACUCUGAUCUUGACAGGACCCAAAUGGAGCCUUCAAGACUGCUUGAUAUCCUGACCAAGAAAUCUUCAUUCCAAGGCAAUUUUGUCUCCAUUCCUGAGGUCCAAGCUAGCAACAGAGCCUUGAAGCAAUGUGGGUUGCAAGAGGAGGACUAUUUAGUCCUGUUCAUGGCCAAUUACAAAGAUGCUAUGGUGAUGAUUGGUGAGAGUUACCCUUUCUUCAGAGGAAAUUACUAUAUGACCAUUGUCAGUGAAGAGACUGAUGCCAUAAGGGAAUUUGCCUCCAACAAAGAAUCAAGGAUUAUAUCAGCACCGGAAACUUGGUUGGAUUUGAGGAUCAAAGGAUCACAACUUAGCCAGUACUUCAGAAGAAAGUGCAAGCACAGUCCAAAGGGACUGUUUUCCUAUCCAGCCACUGUGAAUGGGACUAAAUACUCCAUGCAUUGGAUCUCAGAAGCACACAGAAACUCAUGGCAUGUUUUGCUUGAUGCAACUGGUUUGGUUUUGGGGGAGGAUCGGUUGACGCUUGCUCUGUACCGCCCUGAUUUUGUUCUAUGCACCCUUAACAAUACACACACCCAGCCAUCCAGCAUCACUUGCCUCUUGGUUAGGAGAAAAACAUUUGAUACUAUGGCACAUGCAGCCUAG